AUGGAGAGAAGUGAGGAGAGAGAUGGCAGUGAGAAGCCUGCAAAGCAAGAGCACAGGAGUGGGGAGCCAGGGUUGAGGCUGAAGAGGGAGAUUGGUCUGUGGAGUGCAGUGUCCAUAACAGCUGGCUCUAUGAUUGGUUCUGGCAUCUUCAUGUCACCACAAGGGGUCUUGGUUUACAUGGGCAGUGCCGGAGCCAGUCUUAUUGUCUGGGCAAUCUGUGGCCUCCUGGCCCUGCUGGGUUCCCUGUGCUAUGCUGAAAUGGGCAGCCUGGUUCCUGAAUCUGGGGGAGACUAUGCCUACAUUUUGCGAACCUUUGGCUCUCUGCCCGCCUUCCUGGUUAUCUACAUGUUCGUUCUAGUGGGCAGACCAGCUGCCAUCGCCGCCAUCUCUCUGAGCUUCGCUGAGUAUGUGCUGGCUCCCUUCUACCCAGGCUGCUCCUCACUCCCCCAGUCCCCAGUCAAGAUUGUGGCCUCUUUCUGCAUCCUGCUUCUGCUGCUGAUCAACUUCUGGAGCUCACGGAUGUCCACCGUGGUGAUGAACGUGUGCAUGGCUGCCAAAGUGUUCUCACUGAUAGUCAUUGUAGUGGGUGGGGUCGUGGUGCUGGCCCAGGGCUACAGUCGCACAGAUUUCCUGCUGUCUGCCUUCCACAACACAACAAACCAGGCUGGGCGCAUUGGCAUGGCUUUCUACCAGGGGCUCUGGUCCUUUGAUGGCUGGGCUAAUAUCAAUACGGUGGCAGAGGAGCUUAAGAACCCAAAGCAGAACCUGGUGUGGGCAGUGAUGAUUGCCAUCCCCCUGGUCACCAUCCUCUAUGUCCUGGUCAAUAUCAGCUACCUGCUGGUUAUGUCACCCUCUGAGAUUCUCUCCUCUGAUGCCAUAGCUGUGACCUGGGGGAACCAGGUUCUGGGAUCCUUGGCCUGGCUGGUGCCUGUGGCUGUUGCACUUUCGACCUUUGGUACUGUCAAUGCGGUGUUCUUCAGCGGCAGCAGAGUGUGCUAUGCAGCCGCAAGAGAAGGUCACAUGCCCCAAAUCAUGUCGAUGAUUCAUGUGAAUAGACUCACACCAGUCCCAGCACUGAUCUUCACCACAGCUGUGGCUUUGGUCUUGGCAUUUCCAGGAAGCUUCAGCCUCUUUGUGAACUUCCUGAGCUUUAUGUCCUGGCUCAUCUCUGGAACCACCUUUGGCUGUCUCCUGUAUUUGCGAAUAAAGACAAAGAAUCUUCCCCACGCUUACAAGGUUCCCACCUUCAUUCCCGCCAUCAUGGUCCUGGUGUCUCUCUACCUGGUGCUGGCACCCAUCAUUGGCCAGCCCCAGAAAGAAUUCUUGUACAUCUUCCUGUUCGUGCUCAGUGGCUUCCCAGUAUACUUCCUACUUUUCCACUUCCGGUGUCAACCCAAGUGUAUACAAACAGUCACUAUGCAUCUCCAGCUGCUCCUGGAAGUUGCUCCAACCACUAAAGAUAAUUGACUGGGUGGUCCUAUAGGGUGCACUCUGCUCCCUUCACUGCAGACCCCACUAUUCCUACUGGUUCUCUGUAGACUGAUGAUGCAUAAUUCCAGUAAGCACUUGUGCUAUAGUACAGCUGCUUUGAGGUUUGGGACUCUCUACCAGGACACUGUCACAUGUCUUUGAAACCUAUUCCUUUGACACAGGUACAACCUUGUUU